GCGGCGGCGGCGCCCGUUUUCACUUGGAGCGGGGCUUCUGGCUCGGCGCCAGUCCCCGCCCCCUUGGGCCCAAGCCUCGGCUCCCCCCAACCCGCCUCGGACCUCUGUCCAGACCCGGUCCGUCAUCAUGGUAUCCUCUGGCCUUCGGUUCACCAAUCCUCGCUGAGCCCUCAUGAGGCGAGCGCGUCCUGGGGCCAACAUGCCUAUCCGAAUAUGCUGCUGCUGUGGUGCUUUACGUCCUCGUUUCAAACGUCUGGUGGAUAACAUAUUUCCUGAAGAUCCAAAAGAUGGUCUUGUUAAAGGUGAUAUGGAGAAACUGACGUUUUAUGCUGUAUCUGCCCCAGAGAAACUAGAUCGAAUUGGAACUUACUUGGCUGACAAACUGACCAGAGAUGUUGUCAGACACCGGACUGGGAAUGUUUUAAUUGCUAUGGAGGCAUUGGACCAGUUGCUAAUGGCUUGCCAUUCUCAAAGCAUCAAACCAUUUGUAGAAAGUUUUCUGCAUAUGGUAGCAAAGCUGCUGGAGUCAGGAGAACCACAACUACAAAUGCUUGGAACUAAUUCUUUCGUCAAAUUUGCAAAUAUUGAAGAAGAUACGCCCUCUUAUCAUAGACGUUAUGACUUUUUCGUUUCUCGAUUCAGUGCUAUGUGUCAUUCCUCUUAUGAUGAUCCAGAGAUACAGAGAGAAAUCCGUGUAGCUGGGAUCCGAGGAAUUCAGGGUGUAGUUCGCAAAACAGUUAAUGAUGAGUUACAGGCAACUAUAUGGGAACCACAGCAUAUGGACAAAAUUGUUCCAUCUCUGUUAUUUAACAUGCAAAAAUUAGAGGAUGUUGACAGUCGCAUAGGCCCUCCUUCCUCUCCUGAUGGUGACAAAGAGGAAAAUCCUGCUGUAUUGGCUGAAAACUGCUUCAGAGAAUUACUGGGCCGAGCAACAUAUGGGAAUAUGAGUAAUGCUGUUCGACCAGUUUUUGAUAUCUUGCCUGGAAUAGGCCCCACAGUACUGGAAGUAUUCAAUACCUUAUUGAAGCAUUUACGUCUCAGCGUUGAAUUUGAAGCUGGUGAAAGACGGGGCUCCAUGGGUAGUGUCAAUGUAAGCACAAGCACCAAAGAUAAUGAUGAGAGGAUUGUCCAGAAUGCUAUUAUUCAAACAAUAGGUUUUUUUGGAAGUAAUUUACCAGAUUAUCAGAGAUCAGAAAUCAUGAUGUUUAUCAUGGGAAAAGUACCUGUUUUUGGAACUACCACACAUACAUUGGAUACCAGUCAGCUAGGGGAUUUGGGGACCAGACGGAUUCAAAUAAUGUUGCUGAGAUCUUUACUUAUGGUAACAUCUGGAUACAAAGCUAAGACUAUUGUUACUGCAUUACCUGCCCCAUUUCUUGAUCCUAUAUUAUCUCCAUCUCUAAUGGAAGACUAUGAAUUGAGACAGCUGGUCCUGGAAAUUAUGCAUAACCUCAUUGAUCGACAUGACAAUCGGGCAAAACUUCGAGGUAUCAGAAUCAUACCAGAUGUAGCUGACCUUAAGAUAAAAAGAGAGAAAAUUUCCAAGCAAGAUGCAAGUUUUAUGAAAAAGAAUGGUCAGCAGUUAUACCGGCACAUUUAUUUGGGCUGUAAGGAAGAUGACAAUGUUCAAAAAAACUUUGAAUUACUCUAUACUUCCCUUGCUCUUAUAACUAUUGAACUGGCCAAUGAAGAAGUGGUUAUUGAUCUUAUACGAGUAGCCAUUGCUUUACAGGAUAAUGCCAUUGUUAAUGAGGAUAAUCUGCCCAUGUUUCAUCGUUGUGCUAUGAUGGCAUUAGUUGCAGCAUAUCUCAACUUUUUAAGUCAGAUGAUAGCAGUUCCUGCUUUUUGCCAGCAUGUCAGCAAGGUUAUUGAAAUAAGAACAAUGGAAGCACCCUAUUUUCUACCAGAACAUAUUUUCAGAGACAAAUGCAUGCUUCCAAAGUCUCUAGAGAAACAUGAAAAAAAUUUGUAUUUCUUGACUAACAAGAUUGCAGAAUCAUUAGGGGGCAGUGGAUAUAAUGUAGAAAAACUAACAGUGCCAUAUGUACCACAAGUAACAGAUGAAGAUCGACUUUCCAGACGGAAGAGCAUUGUAGACACUGUAUCCAUUCAAGUGGAUAUCUUACCAGGCAGCAACCCUAUUGAUAAUAUGAUCAGUACUACCACUGAAGAAAUAACCUUUGAAGCAUUGAAAAAAGCAAUUGAUACCAAUGGAAUGGAAGAACAAGAAAAAGAGAAGAGGCGCCUUGUGAUAGAGAAAUUUCAGAAAGCACCUUUUGAAGAAAUUGCAGCUCAAUGUGAAACUAAAGCAAAUUUUCUUCAUGACAGACUUGCACAAAUACUGGAGCUCACCAUACGUCCUCCCCCGAGUCCAUCAGGAACAUUAACCAUUACAUCUGGACAUGCCCAGUACCAGUCUGUCCCAGUUUAUGAGAUGAAGUUUCCAGAUCUCUGUGUGUAUUGAGUCUUAUGGAGUCUGCUGAAUCAUAUUUAGUAUAAAGUUGAAAAUCAAGGCCAAAAUCAAUUUUUAGGGUUAAUUUGCUUCAUCUCAGUUAACAUAUUUAUUCAAAAUAAUUAUGAAACUAAAGUUGAACCAAAUGAUUGAUUGCCAGAGCAAAUUGGACAUUUUUAAACUGUAUUCUCUCAAGUACAUUGGAGCAUACAGAUUUGUCAUGUCAAUUUGUUUUUCCAUUUGAAUUCCCUAUUGGUUUUAAAAGUUGAGCAAGUAAAGUUUUUACAUAUUCUAUAGCACAUUUUAAACUUUUCAGAAAUGCUUGUUUCAAAUGCAAGUUGAUAUUUUUUCAGAUCCUUAAAGGAAAUUUACUAACAUAAAGAAUAUAUAUGAUGUAUUUCUUAAGCUUAUAAAGAACUGUUUUAGCAAGAAUGGCUUUGGCUUCCUGUCGCAUAGAAUAGCAAAGAAGUAUAUUUGCUCACAAACUUGGAGGCUUGUGUUUAGUGGCUUAUUCUCCUCUGCUUUAGAAUAAGUUGUAAAAAGCCACCAUUGCUUAUUCAUGAUAACAAAUUAUAUUUGAGUGAUAGUAGUCAAAGGAUAUAAACUAAAAAAAUAUGCUUUUACAAAUCUGUUACUGCUAUAUUGUUUUCUGCUAAAGAUUUAACUGUUCUUGAGAAGCAUAAAGCAACUUCUUAGAGCACCAAAUUGUGCAAUAUUUUUCACAUCAUAGAUGUAUAUAUAGUUGAUGGGCCAUGCUUUGAAAUUGCAGUUGUAUUUUGCUGUGGCUCCAUUAAUUGAGAGAGAUAUAUUUAGUAUAGAAAGACAUUUUUAAGAAGUUAAUUGUUCACCCGUGAAUUCAUAAAUACAAAAAGUGAGAAGUCUAUAUACAUUUCUCUUCAUAGCAUAUUAAUUUAAAUUUUCAGUAAUAUUUUACAUAUUGAUUAUUUCUUAAUCAAUCCUACAGUUUCAACAUUCCCUAAUGUUGAUUUAAAGUUUAUUUUGUAAGAUUUGAACCAAAUGUACCAACAUACAUCUGGUUUUUUUAGAAUUACUUUAGAAUACUCUGUGGUUUUAGAGAACAAGUGUGCUGAAUUUCAUAGGUUUAUAUGUCUGCUAAUAUCAAUGUUACAGUGUAUGCAUACUGACAUGCUUUUGAUAAUAUUUAAAAUGGGUAUGUAUUUUGGUGAAUUCCUUGGCACUGGGUCUUAAUAAACACUUUUUUUCUUCAUGGUCCGUUUUGAAAUUCUCUUCAGAAGAUUAAAAAUCAUCUGUUCCACAGUCCAGUACCUUGAGUGGAAGAUUUUUCAGCCUACAUUGCCAUUUACAUGAAGCAGCAUAAGCAUCUCAAAGGCUAAAAGGAACUUAAUAUUUUAAUUUAGAAAAUUGUAAUAAAGUGUUCAUGUGAAUUUGUGUGUAUUAUUUAGGCUCUGCUUGAAACAGGAAAAAUGAAGAGAAAAUAAGGAAAGUCACUGUAAAUCUUUUGAAUAUGUAAACCAAAAUAAUGAUUCCCCUUGACCCUUUUUUGGAAGUAUAGUAGUGCAUGCCCCAUGUUGUAAUCAGUUAAACCUAUGAAAUGACACCUUAAAACAAGAUGGAAUGUUCUCAAAACCCAGCCCUUUUCCAAUGAGCAGGGUACUCAGAGUUGUAGACAACAAAAUAGCUUCUCCAAUAUUCUUUUGGGUCUUUUGCUACUACAGCUUGACAUCCUGAUCAAACAAGAAUUUUUACAUCAGUACUUUUGCCAUUUGCCCACAUUAAUUUUCUUUUUAAGGUAAGAUAUUAUUUGACCUACAUUUUUUUUUAAAGAAUUUAAAUGGGGGAACAGAAUGCAGAACAAUCAUCAUCCACUUGGAUGUCGUUUUAUAAAUUAACACUGUGUGCUUUUGUAUGAAAAAAGAAAUAUAAUUUAAUAAUCUAUGAAAAUAAGAAAUUACGAAUGUAUUUUCAUUUGCACUCAUGCAAUAUAGAAACUGCUGUACAUAUUUUCUUGUUUUGGGAAAUUUAAAUUUGCUGCAUGUAUUGAUCGCAUGUACCCUGGGAAAUGUAAUUGGCCUUUAUUGCACCUUUCACUUAGUCUGUUCAUACAUUGUUGGUUUGAGUUUUUCUUGGUUUCACCACAGUAGACAUCCUGGAUCGCUGGCCUGACUCUGUUGGUUGUAAGUUCUGAGAAUUGAUAUUUUCUUUGAUUCAUUUCUUUUGUCACGGGAACACUGCAGAUACUUGUAUGUGUGUCAUUAAGGCAUUUUGGAGACAGAGUAUGGGAUUUGUUUACCAUCUGAUUUUGUUGUGUUUUUUUUUCCUGUAGGUAUUAAGUCGAAUAAACUGUUAAGUAUUCUAAUUUUAAUGUAUGCAGUUAUUUUGUAUCAUUUUACUUUUUUUUUAGCAGUUUUAGUACUUAGAAUAUACAGUGUGUGUGCUGGGUCUCUAGUACCUAUGACUGUUUCAUUAAAGUUUGACUGUCACUUCGAGUCCAACUGA